AGAAAAUCUUUCGUAAAACAACAAUCAUCAAUAGAAGAACGAUAGAGACCCCUCCCAAAAUUUUUUCACCAUCAUCAUAUCACCACACACGCAGUCACACAGUGGUUAAGCAAAGCUCUUUCCUCUUUCUUGUAGGGCUUUUUCUCUCCCAUCCUCGCAUCUCUUCAAUGGCGUUCUUCAGUUAUCCCUAAAAAGGUUCGAUUCGAACUGUCUGUUUCUAUUGAUGUGCUUGUGUGGGAAAGCGAAUUUUUGAUACGUUGAAACCCUAGAUUGAUUCUGGCGGGGAUCUUUUAAGCUGGUUCGAUCUUAGGGUUGCAUUUGGUUUGAUUGGUUCGAUGGACGGGGAAGUUAGAUCGGAGAAGAGAAGGGGGAGGAAAAGGAAGAGGCUUGAUGCUCAAAAUGCGGAAGUUGAUGAACAUGGGAAAAAAAUGGUGGUAGGAUUUAGGCCCAAGAGGUUAGUAGGCUGUUACGUUAGGAAGGAGUUUGAAGGUAGUGGGUUCUUUUUGGGGAAAAUCGUUUCGUACGACUCUGGUUUGUACAGGGUUGAUUAUGAGGAUGGGGAUUGCGAGGAUUUGGACAGUGGUGAACUGAAAGCUUUUUUAAUAGAGGAGAGUGAUAUAACCGGUAAGUGGUUAGUGAGGAAGCAUAAGUUGGACAAUUUGAUAUUGAGCAAAGACGAAGAUGAGAAGGGGAAAGCCGAGGAAAAUGCGAGUAAUGUGGUCUCAGUUGAUGAUGGUGCGGUGACUUCUGCAGUUGAUGUCUCGAUUGAAGCUGCUAAUACUGUUGAAAUUGAAGGGGUUAAAUUGGAUCAGGAUGACAAUGUUGACUUGAGUGAUUCUUGUGACGAUGAUCUAGAGCCCGAACCAUUUCCUGAGGUUGAAAUGCUGGCUGUUCCGCCACCAGAGUUUCCUCCUUCGUCUGGGAAUAUUGGGAUUCCAGCAGAGUAUGUGUCACACCUCUUCUCUGUAUAUAGCUUUUUGCGGUCAUUCAGUAUUCAACUAUUUUUGAGUCCCUUUGGGUUGGAUGAUUUUGUGGGAUCACUUAACUGUUCUGUUCCAAAUACAUUGUUGGAUUCUAUACACGUUGCUCUCAUGCGUGCCCUGAGGCGCUACUUUGAAAAGCUCUCAGCCGAAGGUUCUGAACUCGCAUCUAAAUGCCUGAGGGGCAUGGAUUGGAGCCUGCUAGAUGCUUUGACUUGGCCAGUAUAUUUGGUCCAUUAUUUAAUAGUGAUGGGAUAUACAGAUGCUGCUGAGUGGAAAGGAUUUUAUCUCCAUGCCCUGGAGGGGGAGUACUAUGCAUUAUCUGCUGGGAUGAAGCUGAAAGUGUUGCAGAUCUUGUGUGAUGAUGUUUUAGAUUCUGAAGAAGUAAGGACUGAAAUAGAUGCUCGUGCAGAAUCUGAAGUUGGAGUAGACCAAGAGUCAGGAAUAGCUUUAGCCCCUGUAUCUGGACCAAGAAGAGUUCAUCCAAGAAACUCCAAAACUUCUGCGUUUAAGGGUCAGGAAGUGAUGCAUAUUAUUGCACAGAGUCAUGAAACUAAGGUAAAGUCCGACUCUAACCAUUUGGGCUUAAAUAAUCAUGGACGGGACGCUAUUUCUAUUGAUGAGGAUGGAAAUGGAGAUGAAUGUCGUCUUUGUGGUAUGGAUGGUACCCUGCUUUGUUGUGAUGGAUGUCCUGCAUCCUACCAUCCUAGAUGCAUAGGAGUGAACAAAUUGUCAAUACCCCCAGGGGCUUGGUAUUGUCCUGAAUGUACUAUAGACAAGGUUGGGCCGAAAAUCUCAAGGGGAACCUCUUUAAAAGCAGCGGAAAUAUUUGGUGUUGAUGUCUAUGGGCAAGCGUUUCUUGGUUGCUGUGAUCAUUUACUUGUGUUAAGUGUCUCAACGAACUCAACAUCUUGUAUUCGGUAUUAUAGUUCAAAUGACAUUGCAAAUGUUCUCCAAUUGCUGCUUUCAAGUACGGAACACAUUGUUACAUACUCAGAAAUAUGCAAAGCAAUCAUCCAGUACUGGGAAAUUCCAGAUGAUAUUUUUUCAAUUACUCAGGCAUAUGGGACUGCUAAGCAGUCUGCAAAUGAGGAUGUGAAGAGCUCUAUGCCAUCAUCAAUUAUGCCAUUAGGCUUGACAAGUCAUUAUGCUCCGGAAGCAAUCCAGAAUGUAGAUAUUGGUAACUCAGGAAAUAUGAGCAAGGACUCUUUGGUUGCAUUCAAUUUCCCUGAUCAUGUUGGUCAAAUAGGGUAUGACAGUUCCAAUUCUGAACAAGUAGCUCCUUUCACAAACAUUUUAAAACUCGAAGACAAUGAGGUAAAAGGUGCUACAGCUACUUUUCCUUUUGCGUGUGAUGCAGUUCUAUCUGAUUCCAUGGGAAAUGGUAAGUCUGGUCCUGCUACGUGUAAAAUGGAGUCCAUUGCUGGAAAUUGUGGGGAGAAUGUGAAUGAACCUAGUAUCAGGCCUAAACUUACUAUUAGGAUCAAGGGCAUUAAGAGUGGAUCUGGCAAAAGUGAUGGAAAUUCAAGUUCUAUCACGUACAUGGGAUCUUCCUUUAAAGUCCAGGGAUAUGUAAAUAAUUAUUUACAUGGGGAUUUUGCUGCCUCUGCUGCUGCUAACCUGUCAGUUCUAUCAUCCGAGGAAAACCAGGUUUCUGGUUCUAAUUCAUCUGAACGUCGUAGACUUAUCUCUGCCAAUAUUUCUCUUCAAGUGAAAGCAUUCUCCUCAGCAGCAGUGCGAUUUUUCUGGCCGCAUACUGAAAAGAAACUUAUUGAAGUCCCUCGGGAAAGGUGUAGUUGGUGUUUUUGCUGUAAAGCCCAAGUGGUCAGCAAAAGAGGGUGCUUGUUGAAUGCUGCUGCCUCAAAUGCAACAAAGAGUGCAAUGAAGACUAUAUCUUGCUUGCGGAAUGUAAAGGGUGGCGAUGGAGUUGUUCCUGGAAUUGCCAUGUAUGUUAUGUUUAUGGAAGAGAGUUUAUGUGGUCUAACUGUUGGUCCAUUUCUAAGUCCUGAAUUCAGAAGUCAAUGGCGCAGACGCAUGGAGAAGGCGAACAAUUGUAGUGCGAUCAAGUUACUUUUACUUGAACUUGAGGAAAAUCUUCGUGCAAUUGCUCUUUCUGGGGACUGGUUUAAACUUGUUGAUGGCUGGUCAGCUGAGCCUUCUGUUAUUCAGAAUGCUGCAAAUGCUCCUGGAUCGACUCAGAAGCGUAGGCCUGGGAGACGUGGAAGGAGAAGUGCUGCUGUAGAGGAAGCUACUGCUGAUGACGACCAGGACACACUGAAUGACUUCACUUGGUGGAGAGGGGGGAAGCUUGCUAAGCAUCUAUUUCAAAAAUCAAUGUUGCCAUGCAUGCUGGUGAAGAAAGCUGCGCGUCAAGGUGGUUCCAGAAAAAUACCAGGCGUUUGUUAUGCUGAAACUUCUGAGGCUCCAAAAAGAAGCAGGCGACUUGUUUGGCGAGCUGCUGUUGAGAUGAGCCGGAAUGUUUCUCAGCUGGCCCUUCAGGUUAGAUACCUAGAUUUCCAUGUGCGGUGGAAUGAUCUCUCCCGUCCUGAACCAACAACUCAGGAUCCAAAAGGUUCAGAAACUGAGGCUUCUGCCUUCAGGAAUGCAAAUAUCUGUGAUAAGAGAAUCCUGGACAAUGACAUCAGAUAUUGUGUUGCGUUUGGGAGUCAGAAACAUCUUCCUUCUCGUGUAAUGAAGAAUGUGGUUGAAGUGGAGGAUAGUCAGGAUGGAAUAGCGAAGUAUUGGUUUUCUGAAACACGCAUUCCGUUGUAUUUGAUUAAGGAAUACGAAGAAAAAGCUUGCAAAGCUGUAACAAAAUCAACUGACAAACCGGUGGAUACACAUGUAAUAUUCGACACGAAGAAAUUGAAGACUUUUCGGAAGGAUAUCUUUUCUUAUCUUGCGCGUAAGAGACAAAAUCUGGAGAAGUGCAGUUGUGCAUUGUGCGAGAAGGAUCUCCUAUAUGGGGAUGCGGUCAGCUGUAUUAUUUGUCAAGGUCUGUAUCAUGAUCAGUGUGCAGUUAGUUCUAUCACACGCAUCAAUGAGGAAGUCAAGUACUUGAUCACUUGCAAGCGUUGUUAUCAAACUCGAGCUCCGAGUCAAAUUGAAAGCAGUAAUGAAUCUCCAACGAGUCCAUUACACCUGCAGGGACAAGAAUUCUCUAAUAUGGUGAUCAACCAAGGUGUACAGCUAACCAAUUCUGAUCAUUCAUCAAUUACUGUCAAAAGCUUACAGCCCUCACAAGCGCCGACAUCAGUUACUUCUUCUAAAUCCUCAUCCAAAAGCAAAAGAAAGUUAUUAUCAUGGGGUCUGAUUUGGAAGAGGAAGAACCCUGAAGACGAUGGGAGUGAUUUCAGAAGAAAUAAUAUUCUAAUGAAGGACCCAGGCUCGAAUUUUCCAGAUAUCUCUUGCUACCUUUGUCAAAAGCCAUAUAAUCCUGAUCUGAUGUACAUCCGCUGUGAAGAUUGCUUAAAUUGGUAUCAUGCAGUAGCUGUUGAACUUGAAGAGUCAAAGAUUUUGGAGCUGUAUGGUUACAAAUGUUGCAGGUGUCGUAGGAUUAAAACCGCUGAAUGCCCAUUCGAAGAUCAGGUUAAUAAGAGAAAAAGUAAGAGUAAAAAGAAAGCUGAGAAGGAUUCCAAUCUGGACAUAAUCUCACCAUCUGCUAAGGUGGAGCCUCCUUCUAAGAAGAAAGUGGCGCAUGUAGAAGUUGAAUCUUCUCAUCUAAAUCAUACCAGUGUUGAGCAAUUAACUGAACAGAAUUCAAAUGUUAAUUAUGGGGGGGAUGCUGCCACUUUAUCCCGAUCUGGCCCUCAGAAACUGCCUGUUCGACGACAUAACAAACAUGAAAAGGAAGACAAUUCAUCCAACAUCGGGGUAGCUUCUUUUGAAGGAAAUAUCUUCAACUCUGUGGAGGGAUCAUUGGCUCAUGCUGAAUGGGAUGUUAGUGCAAAUGGCGUAGAUGAUAGUUUGAUGUUUAACUAUGAAGAUCUCAGCUAUGAGGAUAUGGAGUUUGAACCUCAGACUUAUUUUUCCUUUAAUGAGUUGCUUGCAUCUGAUGAUGGUGUCCCUCAGAAUGGUUCUUCUGAAAAUGCAGAUGAGGGUUGGGAGAAGUCGUCCCUUCUCCAUGUCGAUGAUGUUACAGAUCUUUCUUUCUAUCCAGAAGAAUCUUCUGUUACUGUUGAACAUGCAGUUGAUAUUGUGCCCUGCAAGAUGUGCUCUUUUCAGGAACCUAGCCCUGAUCUUUGUUGUCACAUAUGUGGUCUUUGGAUUCAUGGUUAUUGUUCGCCUUGGGAUGAACCCGCCUUUUUUGACGAAGGUUGGAGAUGUGGCAAUUGCCGUGAAUGGGUAUAAUGGUCUAUCAUGAAAACGUCAGUGGACUACAUCUGUUUUGGCUGUGACAGGUAUGCCCCCAUCGUUUGUAAUGGGUGGUACUAACAGAAGUACACAGAUUGCUUCCUAGGAGGUUAUGCACAAUGUCACCUUAGGGUGGAAGAAGCGAAUUCCAUGGUCAGAAGGGAAUCCUUCCUAGCCCAACUUUGAAAUUCAGUGUAACUUACAUAGCUGUUCAUAGCUUCUUAUAGCCAAGAUUGCUUGCUUGUAAAGUUGGUGUUCUGUUGCCAAGUUUGUUACGAGGUAAGGAUGAACAAGAGAAGGGUUCUGGAGUUGUUACCUGGACGUAGGCUCAGGGCCCAGACAGAAAAGAGCGAUAUGCCAAGUUUGAAACCUACAAUUUCGACAUGACUUCAGUAGUCUUCCAUCUAUUGUUGGAGGAGAAUUGAGGUGUAUGGGUCUGCGGCCAGAGUUGUUGUAAGUUACUUUCUUGUGAUGAGCUAUUUUUUGGUGCUUAUCUGAUUCUUUUGAUGUACACAACUACAGACUUUCCGACUUAGGAAUUUUGACACCAGGACCAUUAAGGUCUUGCAAAUUCAUGGAAAUGAAUUUCAUCAAAAGCAAAGAAAAGGAGGAAUGGAUGAUUGCAUCAUAAGAUGCCUAAAUAUGGAUUCCAGUGAUUGGUUAAGUAAUGUUUCCUCCGUGUCGGAUUUAUUAAACUCACAUUUAAAUGAAAUUUUCUUUUAAAUUGUAUUCACUCUGUCCCAAAAAAAUAGUCUACGUUGAGUUGAGAUUUGUAUUAGUUUUAAUAUAAAUUUGAAAACUUAACGUAAACUAUUUUUUGGAUUUGUAAAUUAGUUUGGCGGUGGAGUAUAGUUGAAUUGGG